GAGCCUCCGGGCGGGCCCGAGCGGGACCGGAGCCAGCGGAGCCACCGAGAGCAGCCGUGAUGGGGCUGCUGCUGCUGCUUUUGGGGUUUUUGCUCUGCGGCCCCGCGGGAGCUUCGGGGCCGGGCUGGAGAAAUCCCGAAUGCCAACGGGGGAGCGAGGCCGGAGCCACGGCGUGCUCGGGCUCGUGCCGGGCGCAGAUUUCCUUGGAAUCUCCACUUUUUCCCGGGAAUUCCGCGCAGCCCCAGCCGCCGUCGGCGUCGCUCCGGCGUUACGUCAUGCGCCACUUCCGGUGGAACAACUUCAACCCCAAAAACGCCACCAACGAGCCCGGAAAGCGCGAAAACGAGGAAGAGGAGGGCGGAAAAUUCCGGAAUGAUGAUGAUGGGAUGUUGGGAUUUUUGGGAAAAGGCGGGAAGCGCUCGUAUUCCAUGGAGCACUUCCGGUGGGGGAAACCGGUGGGGCGCAAGAGGCGCCCGGUGAAGGUUUAUCCCAACGGGGCCAACGAGGAGGAGGAGGAGGAGGAGGAGAAUUCCCGGGUGUGGGAGUUGCGGAGGGAUGAACCCCCCGAGGAGGAGGAGGAGGAUGAGGAGGAUGAGGAGGAGGAAGAGGAGCCGGGGUUGCCGUGGGGGUCCCGGCAGCAGAAGCGCUAUGGGGGGUUCAUGGGCUCCGAGGGGGCGCGGCCGCCGCUGCUGACGCUCUUCAGGAACGCCAUCGGCAGGGGCCUGCCCAAGGGCGGGCAGUGACGGGGAAAAUGGGGAAAAUUGCGGGGAAAAUGGGAAAAAAUCCCGGGAAAAAUCGGGGAAAUAUUAUGGGAAAAAAUGGGAAAAAUCCUGGGAAAAAAUGGGAAUAAAAUGAGAAAAAGCCUGGGAAAAAAUGGGAAAUUAUUGGCAAAAAGCCUGGGAAAAAAUGUGAAAAAAAUGGGGAAAAUCCUGGAGAAAUCCUCAGGAAAAAUUCCGGGGAAAAUCCAGGGGGAAAUGGGAAAAAGCCCGGAAAAAUCCUGGGGAAAAAAUGGUGAAAAAAUGGGGAAAAAACGGGAAAAAUUCCGGGAAAAUUCCGGGGAAUAAAAGGGAAAAAUCCUGGGGAAAAAACAGGAAAAAAUGGG